AACGUUUGGUGAAAUUUCAACAGUAAAAUCUUUUAAACUUUCAAUUGGGCUAAUAAUUAAAGUAUAGAAUAAAGGAAAACAAAGUCCACCUUUGUCGACAUCGGAGAGCUCGCCAGAACUCCGAUCUGCCACUCUCCAAUCCCAAUGGAUUUCCAACUGAAUUCCCAAAUCUCCGGCGACUCCCUUUCUUCCUCCGCAUCCUCCACCGUCCAAACACCCUCCACUUCCAACCACCACCAAAACGGUGGCGCUCCGAUCAACAACAGCGACCCCAUGCAUUCUUGGUGGGAAUCCAUCUCCAAAGCUCGUUCUCGCAUCCACCUCCUCUCCUCCCUCCUCCCCUCCUCCGCCGGUGACGCUUCUCUCUCUGCCCUGGCCGACUCAGACCGUCCUGCGCGGUCCCUUCUCCUCUCUCCGGCGGCAUACUUUUCUAUUUCAUCCUCCCUCUCUUCCCCUUCCUCCGGCGCCGGCGACGAUCCUCUUUGUCACUGGCUUUAUGACACUUUCCUUUCCUCCGAUACUGAUCUCCGCCUUGUGGUACUCUCCUUUAUUCCCCUUUUAUCCUCCAUAUAUCUCUCGCGAAUUCAUUCUUCUACUUCUACUUCUACUUCUCUUUCUGGUUUUGAAGCUGUUCUUCUUUCCCUUUACGCCGCUGAAACGAAAUCCCGUGGAGGAAAACCGAUACUCAUUUCUAUUCCCGAUCUCUCUCAGCCUUCACUAUAUCAUUGUCCAAAAAACCCCACUCCGGCAAAAUCAAACUCCAGUUCGUCUAAUGCCCAGAAUCGCCGUGCUUUGGUGGGAGUUUUAUCGCCGCCUCUUGAGUACCAAAUUGCUGUGAAGUCAACUAAACGUGCUUGCAUUGUUGGGGUAGCUCUGGAUUGUUACUAUAAACAGAUUUCCCAUAUGCCCAGUUGGUCUAAGUUGGAUUUUUGCAAAUUUGCUGCUGAUUGGGGUGGUCAAUAUUGUUCUUGCGUGUCAGAGUUUGAUGAAACUGAUGGAAAUUCAGAGAAUUCUGUUGAAAUUAGUAAUGGGGAUUUGGAGGGCGUUUCUAAAGCUGUAGAGAAUUUGGGAAUUGAAGAUGGAUAUGAUGAAUUAAAGCCAAAAGGUGCAAGAAUUCCACUCCCAUGGGCGCUUUUGCAGCCUGUGAUAAGGAUCUUGGGCCAUUGUUUGUUGGGUCCUUUGAAUGCUGAGGAUGUAAAGGAUGCUGCUUCAGUGGCAGUUAAAUGUCUGUACGCAAGGGCUUCACACGAGUUGAAUCCGCAGGCAAUUUUGGCAACUCGGAGUUUGAUUCAGCUUGAUAAGAGAGGUCGUGAGGCGGCAGCUAAGGUAGCUGCUGCAGCAACUGUUGGGUCAAAUGCUACCACGCCCAAUAAAGCUAAAAAGCCGGAGAUCCUUUUGGUUUCCAAAUGACUGCAGUGAACUCGAUGGAUUUUCUUUGUGUUGUCACUGGCAUAUAAAAACACAUUCAAAGAGUAGAAAAUGAUGAUCCAUGACAAAAUCAUUUUGUACUGUCACACAAAGGACUGAUUUCAACUUUGCCCAGAAGGACUGCCCGUAUCAUGACUUUUAAGUUUUUUUUGGAAAACUACAAAGAAAUCGGUAGAUACAAACGUGCAUUUUUUUCUAGUUGUCUCAACACUGAAAACAGUCAGAGAGAAGAGGCGGUUAGAGCUGCAAUCCACGGGAAGUGCAAAAUAUAUUUGAGGUUGUAUUGUCACUUGUCAGUAACAAGAAGAGUCCUUGCUGUAGAACUAUAGAAUUGUUGCUUCAUUUGUUUUAGUUUAAAGUUAUGAACUAACCAGAAAAGAUUGUUUGAUAUUCAUUACCAUUAACAACUUGAAAUGUGCAUAUUAAUUACAGAA